AUGGCUUCGCUUUUGGGCGGCAGCUAUGAUUCCUCUAGCGACGACGAUGCAAAGGCCGUGGCGGCCAAAUCAACUCAUACGCAGGUUAUCGCCGCUCCCGACGUGCCAGUAGAGGACUCCAGCCAGUUGCAGCUUGUGCUUCCCAAACCUACAGAUACUUCUCUCUCAUAUAACUUGACAUACGACCAAUUAUCGCGGCCAGCAGCCGGACCUGUUAACCCUUUUCGAUCAACUCAUGGGACAAAGCGGAAAAACGUCUUAACUGGAAAUGCGGAGGAAGCUAUGAUUAGCGAUGCAACGUUUACGACGCAACAUCGCACGUUCCAAAGUCUGGGAUACACAAAGGACCCGAGUGUUGCUGGUGCAUAUGUAGGGAAUAUGGAAAAUGUAUCGCGAUUCGGGGGUAGAGAUGUGGUGCAGAUGCGGCCCUCCAAAGAAGCAAGCGCGGCUUUGAGGAGAAAACGACAGAAAAAAGGAGAUUCGAGCAUUGUGGAAGGCGAUGGCGCGUACUUGGGUCCUUGGGCGAAAUAUGAAAACGAGGAUCAUGGCUAUGAGGAAGAUCUGGCUGUGGCUGGGCAAGAGCUCGCAAGUGACGAAGAAUAUGUUGAUGAGGCGAUUGUCCCGUCGAAUAUGGCUGCUAUGGAUAAAAAGGCUACGGCAUACCAGGAAGAUAUGUCGCAGACCGAAACGACAGAAUUCCACGGUACGGAACAGUUCGACUACCAGGGACGGACCUAUAUGCAUGUUCCCCAAGAUCUGGACAUCGACCUCAAGAAGGAACCCGGCAACGUCAAGAAUUACAUACCAAAGAAGCUUAUCCAUACCUGGAAGUCUCAUACGAAACCGAUCACGUCGCUGCGUUUCUUCCCGUCGUCAGGGCACUUGUUACUCUCUUCAUCCGCUGAUUCGAAAGUCAAGAUAUGGGACGUUUACCAUGAACGAGAACUUUUGCGAACAUAUUCAGGUCAUUCUAGCUCCGUAUCCGAUACCACCUUCCACCCAACUGGAACGACGUUUCUGUCGGCUUCUUAUGAUCGACAAAUCAAGCUUUGGGACACGGAAUAUGGAAAAUGUAUUGGUCGUUAUUCAACUGGCAAAACGCCUCAUGUUGUUCGAUUUAACCCGGACCCAAACCAUUGGCACGAAUUCCUGGCUGGUAUGUCGGACAAGAAAAUCAUACAAUUUGAUACUCGGUCCGGGGAGAUCACACAGGAAUACGACCACCAUCUUGCUGCCAUCAAUACAUUAACCUUCGUUGAUAAUAAUCGCCGUUUCAUAUCCACCUCUGACGACAAAUCUCUCCGUGCAUGGGAAUAUAACAUUCCAGUUCCCAUCAAGUUCAUCGCAGAACCAUACCUAUACGCUCUUGUCCGUGCCGCUCCUCACCCCAAUGGAAAAUAUGUUGCGUUCCAGUCCGGAGAUAACCAGAUUGUGGUCUACGCAUCAACGGAUAAGUUUCGACAAAACCGAAAGAAGAAUUUCCGCGGCCACAAUAAUGCCGGAUACGCGAUUGACGUUGCAAUCAGCCCCGACGGCCAGUUUGUCACUUCAGGCGACAGCGGAGGCUAUGUCUGUUUUUGGGACUGGAAAACCGGCAAGAUGUGGCAUAAGAUCCAAGCUGGCGGGAAGGAAGGCUCCGCAAUCACUUGCGUGGACUGGCAUCCCCAGGAAACUAGCAAGGUUGCCACGGCUGGGUUGGAAGGCGUUAUUAAAUAUUGGGAUUAG